AUGGCGAGCGCGACUACGGCGUCGCAAUCGGAACUCAAGGCGAACAAAGUGCCUCUUGGCUGGCGAGACCAGUGUUCAUCGCUGCUCAUCCCGCUUAACGUAUGUCGACGGAAUAACUCGUACGUACCGUGGAAGUGUGAGAAUGAGAGACAUUCGUAUGAGGCGUGCCAGUAUCAAGACUACAUGCGUCGUAUGAAGGUGCUUUCGAAGCAGAAGCUUGCAGCUGCGGAGGAAGCAGAGUAA